AAGAAAUUCACAAAUUUUUAGAUAAUAUUACAUGUAGUACUAGUUUUAUUGGAACUAUAGGAUUUCUUUAGAACGGCAUCCAACUUUCAAAAAAGUGACAUGAAAACUAGCUUACAUUCGCUAGGACUGGGAGAAGGGAUACAAAAAACAGGGAUUACUAGUCUUACUAGGUUGAACCAAUAGAUUUUAUACCUGCCAAGAUGUGUUCAUACAAAUAAUAGUUUUAAUUAUACAUUAGUGCUCAUGAAAAAGUAACAGAAUAGUCCGUGGACAAAUCAAUAAAAACUAAAAAAUGAAAAUUGUAAACUGGAAAAAAGAAGACAAGUAACAGGCUGGUUAACAGCUACUACUAGUUAAGCUCAGGUGAAUUUCCUGAAUGCAGUUUCUUUAUUCGUGGUAUUCCUUAUGAGGAACAGUGCAAAUCUGCAAUUCUAUAGUGGCAUUGUUGCAGUGAACCUUAACAGGACAAGUGGUAUAGGCUGGAUUAGAUGGGAUCUCAUGCUAUAUCUCUGUCCUAGACUAUGAGAAUCUACGUACUAUUUGGCGAUAAUGUCAUCAUCGGUCAACAGUCCAUUGGAUUUCAGGUGCUGCACCAGACUCUACUCUUAAUAUCCUUGCAAACAGAAGUCCUUUGGAUCCCAGUUCAAGUGAAGCUUGUACAGAGUUAUCACUGCGUAAGCAUGAGCCUGAAUUUUCAAGCAAUAUAUCAAUGAUAAAGGAAGUACAUGGAUUUGAAAUUGUGGACUACAAUUCAGUUAACCAAUUUGAUGUUGUUCAAGAUUACUCGGACCACCACUAUGCAAAGACUUCACCAGGGAAUACCACCAAAGAUUGGGCGAAAACAAUCCAAAAUGAAUGGAAGCUUCUACAGCGGGAUCUACCUGAGUCUAUAUAUGUUAGAGUUUAUGAGGAUAGGAUUGAUCUGAUUAGGGCUGCUAUUGUUGGGUCUGCUGGAACUCCAUAUCAUGAUGGUCUGUUCUUCUUUGAUGUUCACUUUCCUCCUGAAUACCCACGAAGUCCACCGAAAGUCCAUUACCAUUCGGGUGGGCUGCGGCUAAAUCCAAACCUGUAUGCGAGUGGAAAAGUAUGCCUUAGUCUGCUGAACACUUGGCCAGGUUCUAGAUCUGAGAAGUGGGGCAAGUCAAAAUCCACCAUGCUGCAGGUGUUGGUCUCCAUCCAGGGCCUAGUGUUGAAUGCUAAACCAUACUUUAAUGAGCCAGCCAUCCUUAUCCGUAGAGAAAAGCAUUCCUUGGCAUAUAAUCAGACCGCGUUUGUACUAUCCUGCAAGACAAUGUUGUAUUCACUUCAGAAGCCCCCAAAGCAUUUUGAGACCAUUGUCGUCCGCCAUUUCCAUGAGCGGGAGCAGGCCAUCCUGGAGGCAUGCGGUGCAUAUGCAUCUGGCAUGAUCGUUGGAUCAUCAGUCAAGGAUGGCCGCACAUACGCCCGCAACAAGUGCUUUGGGCGUUUUAAGGAGUCCUUGGAGGCACAGACUGAACUUCUUGCGAAGGAGCUAGGCGCGAACAGGAUUCGUGCGCUAGAAGUGAAGAGAGAUUCUACAGAUGAGAUCGUGCCUGCCAACUAAGAUUCUGUCAGAAGAUAUUUGACGAUUGCAAAGUUCACCUAACUAAAUUAGAAGCGAAAAUGGGUUUGUACAUCACACACGUUAGUAAUAAUCUUCAGAGAUGGUGCUAUAACAAUUUACUGUCGUUUAGCGCUUGCUAUUUGUUAGGGGAUUUGCUAGUUCUCAACUAGUUCGUGGAUUAAGUUUGUGCUCAGUU